AAGUGAAUUUAAGGAAAAUAGAAAACCCGACCGAGAAUGUGACAGAAGGGAGAGAGGAGGGAGAGAGAUAGACAGACGGAGGGGUUGCCGCCUGUUUGGAUCCUUAUUGCCGUAUAUUUGAACUAGCAGUAAAUUACGACAGAUCUGCAAGAAUGCUCAUUAAAGAAUUUCGAGUGAUCCUGCCCAUUUCGGUGGAGGAGUACCAAGUGGGGCAGCUGUACUCUGUGGCAGAGGCCAGUAAGAAUGAGACGGGGGGUGGAGAGGGGGUGGAGGUGCUGAAGAACGAACCCUAUGAGAAAGAUGGGGAGAGGGGCCAGUAUACACACAAGAUCUAUCACCUGCAGAGCAAAGUGCCGACCUUCGUGCGCAUGCUGGCGCCUGCAUCAGCCCUCAACAUCCACGAGAAGGCCUGGAAUGCCUACCCUUACUGUCGCACCGUAAUCACCAAUGAGUACAUGAAGGACAACUUCCUGAUCAAGAUAGAGACGUGGCACAAACCUGACAUGGGCCAUCAGGAGAAUGUGCAUGGUCUGGACCCUGACACUUGGAAGAAGGUGGAUGUGGUCUACAUUGACAUUGGAGACAGAAGCCAGGUGGAAACAAAGGACUACAAGCCAGAGGAGGACCCCUCCAAGUUUAAGUCUGUAAAGACUGGCCGAGGGCCCCUGGGCCCUGACUGGAAGAAAGACCUUCCUAAGAAGACAGAUUGCCCACACAUGUGUGCCUAUAAGCUGGUCACUGUCAAGUUUAAAUGGUGGGGCUUACAGAACAAAGUGGAGAACUUCAUUCAGAAGCAAGAGAAGCGCUUGUUCACCAAUUUCCACCGGCAACUGUUCUGUUGGAUUGAUAAGUGGAUUGAAUUGACAAUGGAAGACAUUCGACGCAUGGAGGAGGAAACUAGGAAGGAACUAGAUGAGAUGCGGGUGAAGGAUCCGGUGAAAGGAAUGGUGGCCUUGGAAGACUGAGGCUGUCCCCUUGUGACUUACCCUAAACACCAGCGGCAUUGCCUCAACCACUUUUAUUGGCACACCAUCUCUGUGAACUUGGUCCCCCCUCUCCCUCUCCUGUGUGGUACAGUCCUCUGUGAGCUGCCUGUCUCCUCUCCUCUCAGCUCAGUGGGUGGAGCCAGGGGUGGGGGGACCACCGACAUGGCAAGAGCAAGUGCAAAAUAACACACUAAAUAUGGACUAUCACCUGUAAUAACUCCUAUAUAUUAUCCAAGAUGUCAGUUGUUUUAAAAAGAAUAGGUUGGCAGAGUCUAAAAAUUAUUUUGUUUUCACUUAAUGGAAUAUAAAUAUGUAUAUGUAUGUUGAGAGACAAAUUAUUAUGGGAAAUUAAUAUCAGGGUUUUAAGAUUCUUUUCUGUACGUUCCUGUGUGUUAUGGACCAAGCUGAAUCUUAUCAGUGUUUAAUUUGAAUCAUGUUGUGAUUUUUCCCCUUGUAGUUUCUUUUUUUGCUGUAAUACUAAUGUAGUCCCACACUCCCACACAAUUUUCGGAUUUGAGUUUGUAUUUUUUGUUGUUCAUUGUCUAUCGGAGAUAAGCUAAUAUCCCAUGUUUAACGGAAUGCCCUCUUUAUCUAACUUCUCUCUCCACUGCCCUGCCCUGCCCCCUUAAAUUUGCCCUCAGGGGUAACAAGGGGUAGAUACAAGUUUUUGGGCCAGGGAUAUGAUGUGUGCUCUGUCUUUUGGUGAAAGAGGUUAGAGAGUGGUCACAUCCCUGAUUUCGCUCUGUUUUUACAGGGUACUGUUUGCAGUAUUGUGAAAGACUUCUCUUCGGAUACAAGGAAACACUGUGUGUUGUGUUGUGCUGACCUGCACUCUAAUGCUUACUACAGGGUCACUACUGUCCUGCUCUUAAUUUUAAAAAAGAAAUGUAUAUCUUGAUUGUAAUUUUUAUUUGGCUGUUUGUGUUUUUGAAUUUGUGUAAAGUUUUUGGAUUUUUAGUUUCCGUGUUUAGUCCUUUUUGUGAUGAACCGUUGCAGUCGUUCAGACUGCCUUACCGACUCCUCUUUCACUUUUUCACCUGUCUUUGUUGACCUCUCCUAAUUUAAUUUAAUUUUUAUUUAGCUACAACACAUGCAAUAAGUGUCUCUAUGAAUAUAACAUUCACAGUCCUAAAAGCUUUUUUCCCUCUGCAUUUAAAAACAUGUGGAAACGAUUCUCUCUCUUCAUGUGCGAUUCCCAGAUCCAUUUCUCCCCCUCACUCUCUUAGCCUUUUGGGAACAGAUAUGUAUCUCCCACUCACCUCUCCAGGGGCAGCUGACGUGAAUCUGUGAAAGAUUACAAGAAUAUCCUAUGCAGCAGGACCACAGAAAAUCCCAAAAUCAGUUGGCCUUAAUGCUACAGGUUUGCUCAACUUACCUUCUAUUACAAGACUCCAUAACGCAUUCUGAUUGUAUGAGAAAAUUAAGUUGAGGUUUCUUCUGACCAACUACCAUAUAGGGCCUAUAGUCUGAUAAUACUUAUGCUGUAUGGAGUAUAUUGACAGUUGAAACCAUUUAUGCUCCAACAGUUGUGACCACUGGGGCUGCAAAGUGGCCCUAAACGCCUUUAUACAACUCUGAAGUAUAAAGGAUUAUUUUAUUCCACCAUAAGCAAUAACUCGUCCUCUUGUCUUUGGAUCUCUUUGGUCAAAUAUAUAACCACAUAUAUUAAAAAUAUCUUUUGUGCAUAUGUAUUAAAUAGACCAGCAUGCUACACUAUCAAUCCAGAAAGGCUGGGCUGAUGAAAACUUCACUCAGAGAUAUAUUUAUUUUCAGAACCGACUGCUUUUCUCAGUUUUUUAAACUGUCAGGCACUGAGCUCAGCGUGAAACUGUUCCCAUAUUGUAAUGGUGUCGAGUAGGGGAGUUUGGGUCUGGGUUCAUGGCUUGUUGUGUGCGCAUGCACGUGUGUUCAUGUGUGUGAGAGAGUGCAUGGAUUACCAGUUCUAUGGCUGUGGAUUUAUUGAAAAGACAGAGGUGAAUGGGUGUAUCUGUCAGUCGGUCAGUCUGUACAUGUGUCCACAGUGGAAUGGUGGGAUGUUCACACCGCAAAUCCAAGAUUUCUGUCAUUAAUCCCCAUCCCUCCUCUUCCUCUCAGCUCUGCGCAAAUCCAUUAGCAAUACAAUACUGCGAUGUCCCCAAAAGCUUACAACCCCAAAUUGUCUCACAAUGUUGUAAAGAGUAGAAAGUCUAUUUAUGUAAUGAUAUGGAUCCUUUAUGAAAAAUCUAAUAAUGGAGAUGUAUGUACUGAAAUGUAUAUAGUCUAUAAAUAUAUGUAGAUGAACACAUAUAUAGGUAAAACUGUCCUGCCAAAUGAAGAGCACACCUGACACCCAAAAAUCCGCCAUUCACAAUUUUCUCACAGCCAUGUUCGGCAGGGACUUUGUGUGAAAUGAAUUCUGGGAAGGCUGUGUAGCUUUCAGCAUGCUACUCUCAAUCCAGAUAGGCUGGGCUGAUCCAAGCUUCACACAGAGAUAUAUUUCUUUCCAGAGCCGACUGCUUUUUCUCGCCGUUGAUCUUCACAAAUACUAAUUGGUCUUUCUACCAUUUACUGCUUCAUUUUGUCGAUUUUUCUGUUGAUUUCAGGCCAGAUGAAGAGAUAGGGCUCCACUGAUAGGUGUACCCAAUUAUACACAUGAUGCUUUUGGCUAUUGAUACUCUUUGACAACUCAUGAAAGCAGGAAAAAAUAGUAUUAAGUUGCGAUGCUGCAAAUAAGACAUUUUAAUGUCUCUGAAGUAUUUUUAUUUCUGAUGUUAGCCUAUCCAAACAAGUUGUCACCUUUAGAACUCUCAUUGCAUUAGUUUAACAAGAGCUGUUGCACACUGAGAGCUAGAGGCAGAGCUUAUUUGGAGAGCAGGCUUUUGCCUUGCUGCAGCCCACACGUUAUGCAGGGCACCAAGUUCACUUGCGCUGGCUUCACCCUCACCCAGCCGUGAUGUCAGCCUCCCAGCAGGCACUCUGGCGAAUGUUUUUGGCAGGACAGUGCAUAAAUAUAUUUUUGUUCUGAAUGCCGUAGUUACGUCGUCUGACUCUGAACCAUUCUGAUCUCUCGUAUAAAAGGCAGCUCAACCCCCCCUCCAAACCACUUCCUCUGGAAGUGGGUGGGGAAAUCACAGAACGGAGGGGGAAUUGAUACGAUUUGAACACUGGAUCUACAGUAGGAAGGUGACAGGUGGAUAUGGUGCAUUCUGCACUGCCGGAACUUGUGGAGAAACGUGUGCCGUUCCAGGAAAACACUGUCAUUGUCAUGAGAAGUAUGGCACAUUCAGUAACAUGGAAAGAAUGGUUCAGAUGAUUCUAUAGAUGUUGUUGUUAGAUUCCCAUGCUUUCUAGCUAGGAUGAUGAAUUCCAUGAUUUUAGAAUUCCAAAUCAUUUUUAAAAAUUUUGUUCUUGUGUCAUCUGUUUUGUUUUUGUUUCUUUUACUGUGAAUUUGUGCCUUUUUGUCAUCUUAUCUUCCAAUAAAGUUAUAUUGGAGAUGUGAAAAAAUUAAGAAAAUAAAAACAAGUAAAGUCUGA